UCUCUCUCUCUCCCUCUCCCUUUCUCUUUCUGACACCAGUGACAGGGCAAAGGAGAGAGGUAGACUUUCAGUUCUAGCCUACAGACACACAGUGAAACAGUAGACGUCCCCUUAUGCAUUUUUAACAGCUCAGCAGGUGAUGGGAACAGUUUGGUUGGGACAGUUUGUCCACAGAUAGAGUGACCAAGUGAUAAGGUGAGUCCAAGCCGCUGUGUUUAUUUGCUAAUGCUACAAUAUUUGCAUGGCAUUAUUUGCAAACUAACCUUAGAUUUUUACCCUUUACCUGCACAAAACGGCAAUAAGUCUAUAUAGAUUAGGGUUUGAUAACAGCUAAGAACAUUGGUUGGGAGAUUGGCUAGUUCUGUUUUACAGGUUAUAUACUUGAUUCUUUAAUUAAUGAACACUAAGUAAGGCCUCAAAAAAACAUCUCUUUUUGUAAACAUGUGCUGUCAAGCUAAUUUGUUAAUGUCUGGAUUCACUGAGAUCUCUGUCAGACCUUGACUUUCCGAGCGGCUCCGCAUGCUGUAAUUACAAGAGAGAGUGGAUCAACUCGAUCUGUUCAAGAUAAGGAAUUACGUUAAGGGGAUGCUCAUUCACAAAUGAAUCCUGUUCUUUUUCCUUCAGCUGUGAAUGAUAUUUUCCUGGAAACAGAGGAUAAUACUUUUUCAUCUGCUGCGUUUAGAAAAAAAGAGGACUCUUUCUCUCUGUCAGAAAGCUCACCUUUAACCCUGCAUGUGAAAAACUGAACCUACCCAGUCUGAGCCUGCAAACCACCUGGCUUUCAUUUACUUGGAAGACCUUCUAUCUGUCUCAGGACCCCUUUUGGUAGACACUUCUGAGGGUUUACCAGUAAAAUAGGAUGCCUGGAGCCAGUGGCGUCAACGGGGAGGGCUCUUGUGAGGCCCUGUGUCGGACCUUGGUGUCUCAUAACGGCCUGCAGAGAGAGACGGCCGACAUCUCCCAGUCUGUCCUCUACACCUCCCUGAUGGGGCUGCUUCUGGUCACUGAUCACGAGAAAGAGCAGCUCACCGUAGGAAGUGGAAGGGUUGGCCUUAGAAACAUUGGUAACACAUGUUUCCUGAAUGCAAUAGUCCAGUGUUUGUCUCACACGCGUGGCCUGCGGGACUACUGCCUCCUCAAGCUCUACAAGCAGGAGAAGUUCUCCAAAGAGGAUGCUAAGCUCAUGGAGACUUUCUCUCAGGUUCUGUCAGGCCUUUGGGAUGAAAAUGAAGGAGACACAGUUGUAAAUCCAAGACAGUUUUACAAUCUCUUUAAAGAAGCGGUGCCUUAUUUCAGUGGUUACAGUCAACAGGAUGCACAGGAGUUCCUCAGGUUCCUAUUGGACAAGCUGCACACAGAAAUCAACCGCAGACCCUACGUUCGACGAACAGGGAAGGAGCCCGAACAAAAAUUUGCCAGAUUUAGGAUUUCGGAAGAGGCAGCUGCCAUGUGGAAGAAGCACUUGGAGAGAGAUGACAGCAGGAUAGUAGACCUGUUCUCAGGCCAGCUGCGGAGCUCGCUGCAUUGCUCAGUGUGCUCCCACUACUCCAACACAUUCGACGUGUUCUGCGAUCUGUCGCUGCCCAUACCCAAGAGGAGCUUUACUGGGGAGGUCACGCUGAGGCAGUGCCUGGACCUCUUCUCUCAGGAGGAGAAACUGGUCAAGGAGAAUUCACCAAUGUGUGAGAGGUGUAACAGGCAUACAGAGUGCACCAAGCGACUGUCCAUCCAGAGGUUUCCCCAGGUUAUUGUGAUCCAUCUAAAUCGUUUUACAAUGUCACGGUGGUCUAUCAGUAAAAGCACAGUGUAUGUGUCCUUCCCACUCACUAACCUGGACCUUGGACCCUACGGACCCGUCGACUCUGGUCCAGUUCUGUAUGAUUUAUACGCAAUAUGUAACCACACUGGGACGGUGAACAUGGGUCACUACACAGCCUGCUGUUCAGAUGAAAAUGGUUGGUGCUUCUACAAUGACUCCAGUGUGACUCCAGUCUCAGAGAACCAGCUUCAGACCAAUCAAGCCUAUGUGCUGUUCUACCAGCGCAGCAACAGCACCACCACAACCACCGCCGUCAGGAAAUAGAUCAGAGACUGGCUGAGCCAGGCAGCCAAUCAGAGCAACUUUACCUCCAGUGACCAUAGAAACAAAUAGAAGCAGCAGUGCUCUAACUCUGCCACCUAUGAACUUCUCAGUGAGCUCAAAUAAACUCUGAGGAGGAGAAGAGAGAAGCUAUGCUCACUUUAAGUGGACUUGAAGAGCUCAUCUCUCCCUCCUAAAUAAUGGAGAUGCUUUUGAAGAGUCUCAGUGGGAGAGGUGAGACAGCUCAGACUGAGGUAGUCUCAGCAGAGUCUUAAGAGUCUCUGUGCCCAAGUCCUCAAGCAGGAGUGAGUAGUGUACUUGCACAUGAUGCAGAACUCUUAAGACAAGUGAUUCAUGCUUGCUAACUUAAACCCAUAUAAACAAAAACAAAUGCUGGGUGGAAUAGAAAUAAGGAAACAUUUCAUGACUCAAUUGUGAACUUGUAACUUAUAGAACUUAUUCACCUGAUUCUCUGACUACAUUUAAUCUUUAAACCUUUCAUUUGAGAUAUAAUUAUCUGUAGCCUAUAUCUAUGCUGUCUUUUUAUCUUAAUCUCCUUCCCCAUGGACAGUAAACCAUGAAACUUGAAAAUAUUAAAAUGGGCUAUGAUUUACCUCUAACUGAAUUAUAAUGUGUAUGUAUAUAUUAAUAUAUGUAUGUAUUUUUUUUUCUACAUGUGUCUACUUCUGUUGUACAUAUGGACAAAUUACACAAUGUAAUGUAUUGUGUUACUGAUAUGUGAAAGAGUCAAUAAAAGAUCAAUGUAAAACUGUCUGAAGUUGA